ACACACUUUUCUGGUCGCAAGUGAUUCGAUCAGUGAAAUAUAAUUUUAGGUAUAAAUAUACACCAUGUAAUUUCAUCUCUUUUUUGGGACACUUUGUGUCUAGUCAUGGCUGUGACAUUUCACACACGUGGACGCCAUGGAUAUGCAGUUAAGUUUUCGCCAUACUUUGGUCAAAGAUUCCUUUGUGCAACUUCACAACAUUAUGGAAUAGCAGGUGGUGGGACUUUAUUUGUACUAGAUAUCCUUCCCAGUGGAAUUCAAGUAAUUGGAAGAUGGGAGUGGAGAGAGGGACUUUUUGACUGUUCUUGGAGUGAACACAAUCAAGAUUUUAGUAUCACUGCCAGUGGAGAUGGUUCAAUUCAGAUGUGGGAUCUCAAAAACCCAAAGGGUCCUAUAAAGGUCUGCAAAGAGCACAGUGCUGAGGUCUAUGGUGUGGACUGGAGCUGUAAUAGACAACUUGAUCAAUUUUUGAGUGCAUCUUGGGAUCACAGCAUAAAACUGUGGGAUCCAAAUGGAGCCCAAUCUCUAGCUACAUUUGCUGAUCAUCAGCAUGUAGUUUACAGUGCAGUGUGGUCUCCACAUGUUCCAAGGACAUUUGCUUCUGCUUCAGGAGACAACACCCUUAGGAUAUGGGACAUAUCAGCCCCUCCACAUGCUCAACAGACCAUUAGGGCUCAUGAUGGGGAGGUCCUCACUUGUGACUGGGCCAAAUAUGAUGUGAAUUUAGUGGUGACUGGAUCAGUGGAUACAAAAAUCAGAGGUUGGGAUCUGAGAAACAUAACCGCACCUGUGUUUACACUAGAAGGCCACCAGUAUGCAGUAAGACGAGUGAAGUGCUCUCCCCAUAAUGGCACCUUACUGGCAUCUUGCUCCUAUGACUUUACAGUUCGAACUUGGAACAUCGGCAAUGGAACAUGUCCAUUAGAGACUACAGAACACCACACAGAAUUUGUUCUGGGAUUAGAUUUCAAUCUUCAUCUUCCAGGACAGAUGGCUGACUGUUCGUGGGAUGAAAAAGUGAAAAUACACUCUCCACCUUCUCUUCUGUAAAGAUGACUAUCAUGAAAAGACUAACUGCUACAGUAGAUUGUAAUUUAAGAAUUUUUUUUCCAAUGAUACACUCUUACAUGACAAAAUAUCUUUAUUAGCCCAAUCUACUACUUCCUUUAAUUAUUUAUGUGAGAACAAGUUGCUUACAAUGAUGUGAAACUUAACGCUUGGCUUAGGUCAUUGAUGAUUUAUAUUCCAUGAGCAGGGCAAUGCAUCAGAUCCAAUAUUUUGCUCUACACAAAGUAAUUUUCCCUUACUAGUAAAUAAUUCUAUGAUAUGAAAUAUUUUGUCCAACAUAAAAUACAUUUGAGACAAUUUUCUAAAAUUCUUACAUUUGAAAUGCAAGAAUUACUACAGUACAACCAUAAUGGUUUCAAGUGUUGUUGCUUGCCUGUGAACUGAAUAUAGAUUGAAUUACAUGUAAUGUGUCUAGACAAAUACUUGAUACAUGUAUGUUAUCUGCAAGUAUUUUACACAAAAUAUGACAUUACUCACAUGUGGAAUUCCACACAAAAAUAACAUCUACAUGUAUAUCAGAAAUUAAAAAUAAUUAGCACUGACAGUGACUAAUUAUCUGUCCUGCACUGGCCAACAACUCCCAUAGGUUGGGUACAAAUAUACUAUAGAACACACAAUUUAAAACAAUUCUCAAUGAUACAGUAAAUACUUUUGUAAUUCAGGGAACCAGUAACUGUACCUGUUGGAAUAAAGAAUUAAUAUGUGAAAAUUUCCCAGUGAAAUAAAUUUAGAGUUGUUUCAACAUUGAAAUAUCAAUUAUAUUGAUAUUUAUUUUAACUUUUCAAAGAAAUAAAGAUUUACUUAUAAACUUUAUAAGAAUAAUUUGCCCCAAGUAAAGAAAAUCCAAGACUAGCAUUGGCACUAUGAUAAGGAUUUUACUCCAAAAUUGUGUGGAUAGUGGUAAAUGAUUGUGUUGAACAUGCUUAGAUGCUAGCCAAAACAGUUGGCCAGCAACUAAUCUUUCCUUUUAUUUGAACUCUAAGCUUUCACUCCUACAAUCCAUGAGCAAUUCUCCUUACUGUCUGCCAUACAACUCUUAUGAUGUUAGUUUGGAGAAUUCAGCUUUAGAUCGACUAUUCUCAUCACUUGUCUGCUUAAAUUAAAGCUCCCUAUUUUUAACCAUUCUGAUCUUGUCUACCCUUUGUUUCCAAACGAGUAAGUGAUAUCCUUUUUAAAGAUCUGAUAAUACUCUGACUUUUAUGGCUUAAAAUAUUUGGAAAUGGCUCUUUGUAAAAUGGAUGAAAUUAAAAGCAUACUGCCAUA